AUGUCCUCCAUGCGCAACGCCGUCCAACGCCGCAACCACCGCGAGCGAGGCCAGCUCAAGGGCCGCGAGAAAUGGGGUAUCCUCGAGAAGCACAAGGACUACUCCCUCCGCGCGAAAGACUACAACGCCAAAAAGCAAAAGAUCAAGCGUCUCGAGGAGAAAGUACGCGACCGCAACCCGGACGAAUUCGCCUUCGGCAUGAUGAGCUCGCACAGCAGCGCGAAGGGCAAACAUGGGACUGGGAUGCGCGACUCCGCGACGGCGCAGGGUCUCUCGCAUGAUGCGAUCAAGCUCCUCAAGACGCAGGAUGCGGGAUACUUGCGUACUGUCGGUGAACGGGUCAGACGGCAGAUGGAGAAGGUUAAGGAGGAACUGAGGGUUCAGGAGAGUUUUGGGGAGGCGCUUGGGGAUAAGCAGGAUCGGGACGAGGAUGAGGAUUCGGACUUCGACGACUUUGACUUCGGGGCUGCGGAGAAGAAGGCGCGGAAGCUGGUUUUUGCGGAUGAUCGGGAAGAUCAGAGGGCUUUGCGGAAGGAACUGGAGAAGGAGUUGGCUGAGGGUGGGAGUGACGAUGAAGAAGAGACUUUUGGGGAGCGCCAGGCACAGCAGCAGAAGAGGAAGACGAGGAAAGAGCUUGAGGCUGAGAAGCAGGCGCUUGUUAAUGCGCGACGGGCGAGGAAGCUGAAGAAGAGGGCUCUUGAGGUCCGGCAGAACAAGCUCAAGGCGCUGGAGAAGCAGUUUGCCGAUAUCAGUUCCGCAGAGCGAGCGCUCGAUCUACAACGGGCGAAGAUGUCGAAUUCCGUCGGUGGCGUCAACAAGAACGGGCUCAAGUUCAAGAUCAAGGAGCGGAAGAGGUAA